AUUGACAGUAUUUUAGUAUUAUGGAAUUAAUUGUCAUCUGUUUCUAUUAUUUACGAUUUUAAGCAUAAUAAUUAUAAUUUUAUUAAAAUUACAUUUUCAAUUUUAUUAUUAAGGAAAGAUAGUCAUAUUUUUCAAUAUGGAUAAUUGUGAUAGCACACUAAAAGACGCAAAACCCUCCUAUGCUCCAGGAUGGAAUGACCCGCCAAGUUUUGCUUAUAAUGCUCAGCAAACUACUCCUAAUCGUCCGCGAAACUUUUUAAACAAAAGGGUAGCUUUUCCUUUAUCUGGUGGAACUAACACUUCAGCACCGACUCCUCCAGUUAAUAUGCCUCCACUGCCUACAAAUGUCCUUCCUCCAAUGCCAAGUUUGACAGCUAAAAGAAAUGUCCAGGAAAAUACUGAGGUAGAUUCAGAAUAUGUACUCAAAGAAGUAAAAGAUAUAUUAUUAUCGUUUUUAGACUCGAGUGACGAUUUAGCAAUAGCUGCCAAUAUUAAAAAACGAAUAGAAAACAUGGAAAAUAUGUGGCUCAGUGGAAAAUUAAAUACUCAAAUUCAAGUACAGAUGAGAGAUUUAGCAUAUGCACUUAAAGAUAACGAUUACAGCAAGGCUGAUGAAAUACACAAGGCUAUAAUGGUGAACCACGUGAGUGCUGUAAGCAUGUGGAUGCCAGGGAUCAAACAAGUUAUUGCCCUCAGUUUUGCUCGUUCCGAACUAUUAGCUUUUGAUUAUGAAUAAAUUUUACCUAAUUAUGUUGCAUAAGAUUUAUAAUCAAGCAUACUGGUGGACUAAAAGUGAUUACUCUAUGUUUUCUCAAUAUAUGGUUCAAGUAAAAUUUUAUCAUUUACAUAAUAAAUAUUAAAUACUAUAAAACCUAACACUGAGAAUGACUACACCAUACUUCUUAAGCCCUUUUUAGAAAGAGUUAGCCACAAAGAUUAUGCAAUAUAAAUUUUACCAAAAUUUGAGAAACAAAAAAUACAUAACCGACAGGACUCAAAUCAAAGCCUUCUGGAGGUAAUCUAAUCUUGCUUACCGCUAGCCUACUCGCCUAGUCGCAUUAGCAUUUAAAUUCCCAGAACAAAUGUGGCCCCCCAACUUUACUUAAGCUAAGUUGGCACUUUCAAUUUUUAGAGUUUGAUUGGUACCUACCCAUUCUAAAAGUACCUGAAGUGCAUAAUGAAAUGCACCUAACAGCCGUAAUUUAAUGGACCUUACAGACUGUUCCCUCGUAAGGUUUGUGUGUCUUUACUUCUUUAAUUAGCCAUCAAGCUAAGAAUGUAAUUAAAUAUCAGAAUACUGAUGUGUUAAAGUUUAAAUUAAAAAUAUAUACAACAUAUAUCUCAUACAGAUAAUUUACAAAUAGAAAACACUAUAAAUAUUAUAUUUUUAUGAUACAAUGUCUAUUUGAGAAUUGUAUCUUUUAAAUUAAUAUUCCCUAUUGUAAGGCAUUAUAGUACAUAAUUCAUUUAUGUGUGAUCAUUAUGAUUUAAAUAUUAUUUUUAUUUUAAAUAUGGUGGAUAAGUAUUUGUAGUAGUACUAGUCAGAAAUGAUUUAAAUGAAAAAAUAUUUUAAAAAAUAUAAAUAAAACAAAAUCUUGUUUUCAAUUAUCUGUAAAAGCACCUAUGUACAUGGAAAUGGUAGAUUACUGUAAUAAUAUAUUUUUUAUUGCUUAAUCAUAUUUAGAUAAAUUUAAUCUGAUACAUAAGUUGUAUAAAAUCCUCCCGAGGAUGCCUGUGUACUACAUAUAAUCUGUAGUAGAGACAGUUUUGCAUGUAAACAAUUUUAAAUAUAGAAUAUAUAAAUAUAUUAUAAGCUUAUAGAAGUAGCCCUCAGCUAUAUAGUUAUACUGCUUCAGUAAAUAGAUCUACUUACUGGAAUUUCAUGUUGCAGACAUUUAGAUACUUAACUAGAAUACACAAUCAUAGAUUUGAUGUAUUGCAGGAACGUGUGAAUAAAAAAUGCAAAUAAUUCUUCAAUAUCUUUGUUUAUUGUACAUAUUCUAUAAAUAAAUGUUCAAUUCAUA